AUGAAUGCAUUUGAAAAGCUACAAACGUGUAGUGUACUUGACAAGGAGCGUAACAGUUCGAGAUGUUUAUACAUCACUCUUAAUAAAUAUUAUGGGCGUGUCGGCAACGAUCCCGCCCAGUACAGCCCGGCGCCCGUCAGUCCUAGAGGAACCUCCGUGGUGAUAGCACGUGUCGCCAGUGAGACAGUUACGUACUACGUGAACGACCGCUGGUUUUGGAAGGCGGUCACUAUGGAGGGAUUCCUUCAUCAUAUGGCGCCACAAUUCUUGCACCCAGCGCUACAAAGCUUUGGUUGCGGCGCCUUCCGACCUAUAGGCGGUGCUUUCCAUCCGCUGUAUCCCGGCAAAGCUUUCGCUAGGCAUCUAGGCGAGCAGUAUGCACUUGGACAGAGUGUCGGUCAAGCGUUGAGGGGUGUAAGGGAUGACAAUAGUACUCCGCCGUUGUAUCGGCACGGGUAUGCGAUCCGUGAUGACACGAGCUCUCCUGGCUCAGCUGCCUCAGCUUCACCGCGGCCCUGCAAGGAUGAAGACGUCCCAGCAACCGCCACUUGCUCCGACCCUCAUGAAAUGUUCUCACCUGAUGGUGAACGUAAAUCAUCUUGUGGUGUGUGUGGAGCUCGACUGGGCCCGGGAGUGGCUCAGGCUCACUUUCUACAAGAGCUUCAGCAUCUUUACAGCCUGACGGCCAUACCGAGAGAGGCGACUGCUCCAUCCCAUUCGCUUCAUCAUCAAGACGAAGACGCGCGCUGGGAGACUUACCAGCGCAUACGAGCGAACAGACAGCGUCGCUUGAAGCUGCGUACCCGUAAGCGUCAUCAUACAGUGGAAAGCAUGCUGGGUUACGACCUAGAAGAAGAACGUCGAGAGGAAAGACCAAGAGAACGAACGUACGACGCUGAAGACGAACCGGUGGAUGUAGAAGGAGAUUCUCUCGGAUGGCCAGAAGGUGCCAUCAAUGUUGAAGAUAAAGAUCACCGCAGCGACGCUGAAAAGAUACACCUGAGUUACGCUGAGGACCUCGAAAUAUCAAGCACCAACGACAACAUGCAGUCGCCUGAACGCGUGAGAAUUGAGACUCCCAAGCCGUUGUCGCUGGAGUGUGCGAAGCCCGAGCCUGAACGCCCAGCCGAGGUGAGCACCUCCGAGUGGGCCGCAGCCCCCGACACAUGGCCCCCCAUAGACGCUUACACACACCCGCGACACAAGAUCGACGGAGAGAUGCCCUCGUCUACCGACACACGCAACUGA